CCACUGUCCUCGCCCUGAUUGGUCGUGAUGGGGACGAGCGGCCUGGGCGUGGCUUGCAGCUCCUUCCUGCCGCCUGGUCACGCGUGCCUGGUGGCCAAAGGUCCUGCGCAUGCGUUUCAGGCCUCUUCACCGCAGAGGCUCCAGGGAACGAUUCAGUCCGCAGCGAAGCGUAACUGCGGUCGCUGGUGCUGCGUUCUCUGCCGCCCACGUGCUGAGCGUCCAACUGCCACACCGUCGCCGCUGCCCCAGCGCAGAGCCAGGUCCACAUGUGCAGUAAGGCGGGGCCCGGGGAAGGCGGCACUGCCCAGGGACCCUGGGUCAUCCUAGGUGUGGGAGGGGGUCCUCAGGAAGCAGGGGCCCGCGGGUCCCCAGGUGUGGUGCGGGAGGUGGGUAGGGUGCCGGCACUAGCUGAUGGGUGCGGCGAGGAAGCCGCCGUCUUCAGCGGGGAGGUGGUGCCGCAAGGCGCGGCCCGGUUGUAGGGAGAGUUGGCGGGGAUCAUGCAGGUGUUUUGGCUGCCUGUGGAGGACAGCAUGGAAGAGAUGGAGGUGGUGAUGGAGGAGGAGGAGCAGGAACAGCAGGAGGAGCCGAUGCUGGUGGAAGAGCCGGAGGAGAAGCCCCAGGAGGAGGGUCAGGAAGAGCCAGGGCCGUCCCCGAAGAGCGCCCCGUCCCCGCUGGAGGCGCUGGAGGCCGUGCAGUUAGAGCUGGAGCCUCUGAAUAGGCAAUGCAGCCGAGCCUCCGCUCGUCUCAAUCUCAGAAUACUUGGGAGGCGGACGACCUAUCUAGAACACAGAAGCGCCAUCAUCCAGAGCAUCCCUGGCUUCUGGGUCAAAGUUAGGCUCCUUGACGUAAAGCAGUUUGUGAACCACCUCCAGAUGUCGGCCACGAUGAAUGACCUAGAUAAAGACAUGCUUAGCUACAUGACCAACUUGAAGGUGGAGAAACUCAGAUAUCCCAGUGAUUGCUGCAAGAUCGUGUUGUUUUUCCGGAACAACUGCUAUUUCCAGAAUGAAGUGGUUGUUAAGGAGUAUCUCAUUAACGUCACUGGAUACAUGGCAGCUCAUUCCACUCGAAUUCAGUGGCACCGGCGUUUUAAAAGUGAGGCGUAUAGCCGCAGGCACCACAGCAGCAGCCAUGACUUCUUCAGGUGGUUCUCUGACCACAGCUUUGCAGGAUCUAGCAGGAUUGCUGAGAUCAUCAGCGAGGACCUGUGGCCCAAUCCCCUGCGCUACUACCCCAGGGAGGAAGGCACCACCGGGACAGGUAAGUGAGAGGAGGACAGGUAGGUGAGGGGCCCAGUGGCUGGGCGCUGAAACGAGUAAGCUGGGUCAUUUAUUUCACUCAUGGAGAAGUUGAGGCUCACAGGCAUACAGUGACACCAGGGCGUGAGGGCGUCAGGGUGAGACAGCACAUCUGGAAAACUGCAGUGCAGAACUGGUUCUGACUAGGGAAGCUUUAGGCAAAAAGUGAAGCAGCAUGAGAGUCAAAGUCACUGAGAUUCAAAGGUGCACGUCUCUGAACUGUCAUUCCAUGGCCGUCAACCCCACCCUCAGGCCUCCUGUACCGCCCCCUUAAAUUUGGGCUUGCCUCAGGUUCCCCCCACCACCCCCUUUCCACAGAGGUCUGUGAGUCCCCUUUGGGCAAAGCCUUACCCCGCUGUCCCAUCAUUUUUUUCUGUUUUGAUCAUCACAGUCACCUUUUAAUUUUCUCAUGCAUCUCCUUCACCUCCCACGGCUAUGGUGAGAACAGUGGCCAUUUUGCAUAGAUUAUGAAGAAUCGUUUCUAAUAUGUGGUUGGAGGAAAUGAACUCCCGAUGUUGAGAUGCGUGUGAUGGAGCAUCACCCUUGACCUAAGAAGCUGCUUCAGAUGAAGGCGAACGGUCAACAUGGUUGUCAUGCACACGAAGAAAUGAAGAGAGGUCUGGUGGUGAAACGUACAGAGAGGGAGACACCAGUAAACCUGGAAUAAAACCAGAAGAUAAAUAAACAGCAUCAGUUAUACAGCGGCUCCAACACCGGCGUCCCUGAGGGUGGCGUAUUGACAGUACCAUUUCCGUCCCACAUGUUGGGCUCUCACUCCACAACUUUUGGUAGAAGAGCCUUCUCCCAAAAGCCCCAGCUCUUUCCAGGACGGGGGGUUGACAAUCAAAGUUCAUGGAGCCACGGAUGUCCCCUUCAAAGUGCACUGAGUUAGAUGGCCUGCUCAG